AUGUCUAUGAGCCUGUUCCGUCGUCUGCCCAUUUCAUCGCCGCUUGUAUCGGGUGCAGUGCGGGCGCCUCCCACGAUGCGUAUGUGUGUGCGUCCCAUCGUGCGCACGUACCGUCCCAUGGCGCUAGCAGCUACCGUGCCACGCGUGGCUUCGCGCUCGAGCUUUGUGGGCGCCGCUGGCCUCUUGGCCGGUGGCUCGCUCUUCAUGGGCGGGUUGCUUGGCUGGAAUGACAAAUCGACGCACUGUGAGCCAGCUCCUGUGGUUGAGCCACCGAUUGAUGGAAACCCAAAGAGCAUGGUGAACGUGUACCAGCUCUCCUUUGGCACGAUCUGCGGUCUGUGUGCUGGUAUCUUUAUUAAGAAGGGUCUGAAGAUCAUCGCGUUUAUUCUUGGUGGUGCAUAUAUUUUGCUGCAAUACCUUGCCACGAAGCGCCUGAUUCAUAUCGACUGGAACAGCUUCAAGAACACGUAUUCUUCGUCGGUGGACCGCCUGGCUGGCCCCGUGGAUGCAAACCAAAACAAGUUCCAGCAGCUGCCUCUCAUGCGCAUUUGGAGGCGCACUAUCGAUUUCCUGACGACCGACUUCCAAGAACGUGCCACGUUCAUAGCCGGUCUUGUCUUGGGUCUCCGCCUCGGCUAA